AUGGCUGUUGCUGAGAUGUGCGACGAGUCUGCACGGGUCAGAAAUGUCCCCGUCGCCCGCAUCAGCAGCCGGGACCUGCCCAACCCCAUCAUUCUCUUGCUGUCAACAACCAGGGAGACCCUGGCACAGGGAGCACCGGAGCCGGAGCCGGAGGCGCUGCUGGACCUGAGCUUCCUGACGGAGGAGGAGUGGCGUGCCAUCGCCGAGGUGCUGCGGCGCGACGCGCAGCUCCGCCGGCGCGAGGAGGGACGCGUCAGCGAGCUCCGCAAGUCGGUCUCGGACCCAGCGCGGCUCAAGAGCCUCACGGGCGACUGGUUCCGCGACGUCCGCGCCCAGCGGCACCACCGGCACCGCCUGGGCUCCGACCUCGUCCGCGCGUCCAUCCGCCGCCGCAGGCGACCGCGGGGGGAGAAGGAGCGCGGCCCCGGCCCCGGGGAGCUGGAGGCCGUCGGCGAGCCCUCGGCGGAGGAGCGGGACGACGAGGAGAGCGCGGCGGAGGCGGAGGCGGAGGCGGAGGCGGAGGCGGAGGCGAGCCCCGCUGAGGAGCUGGCCCUGGCAGCAGCGCAGGCGCAGGUGGGUGCCCAGUGUGACCAAGCACAUGGGAAUGCCUUCGGCAUGUCCAGCACGGAAGAGGAGCCCGACGCGGUGCCCAGCGCCCCCGAAGCCGGGCAGCCGCCGGGGACCCCGCAGGCUGCGCGGGCGCCCCCGGGCCGGGCGUCCCCGCCGAACGGCCCCGCGCCGCCCCGCGACCUGCUGACGGCCAGCUCCUCCGCGUCCAGCCUCAGCUCCUCCACGCUCAGCGGCAGCCUCAUGAGCCUGUACAGCGACGGCGAGCUGGGCAAGGUGGCCGUGCGGGGCCGCGUCCAGUUCGCCCUGCGCUACGAGCCGGCCGCGCGGGAGCUGCACGUCCACGUGGUGCGGUGCCAGGAGCUGGCCGAGGCCAAGAAGCAGCGGUCGGACCCGUACAUCAAGACCUACCUGCUCCCCGACAAGUCGAACCGCAGCAAGCGCAAGACCACGGUGCGCAAGCGGAGCUUGGACCCUGUCUUCAACGAGACCCUCAAGUACAAGCUGGAGAAAACGAACCUGCAGGGCCGGACCCUGAACCUGUCCGUGUGGCACCACGACAGCCUGGGCAGGAACCUCUUCCUGGGCGAGGUGGAGAUCGCGCUGGGCGCCUGGGACUGGGCCAACACGCAGCCAGAGUGGUUCAACCUCCAGCCCCGGACACCCAUCUCCGUGGAUGAGCUCACCAGCCAGGGCAACCUCAACUUGGCGCUGAAGUUCAUCCCCGCCGGCUCCGAAGGCGCGGGGCUGCCGCCCACGGGCGAGCUGCACAUCUGGGUGAAGGAUGCUCAGAGCCUCGUGCCGCUGCGCCACGGCACCGUGGACGCCUUCGUGCAGUGCUACGUGCUGCCCGACGACAGCAAGGCGAGCCGCCAAAAGACGCGGGUGGUGAAGCGGAGCCUCAACCCCCUCUUCAACCACACCAUGGUGUACGACGGCUUCCAGGCCAAGGACCUGGCGGAGGCGUGCGCCGAGUUCACCGUCUGGCACCACGAGGCUUUCUCCAAGCGCCAGCUGGGCGGCAUCCGGCUCAGCCUGGGCACAGGGAGCAGCUACGGGCUGCCCGUGGCCUGGAUGGACUCGACGCCGGAGGAGCGCGGCGUCUGGGGCCGCCUGCUCCAGCAGCCCGGGCGCUGGGUCGAAGCGCUGCUGCCGCUGCGGACCAACCUCGUGCCCCGGGCGUAGCGGGACUGCGGCACCCCGGGGCCGAGCCGAGCCCGGAGCACCGCUGCGGGGGCGCGGGAGAGGGCUGGGGUCUGCGCCCCUCUCCGUCCCUGCCUCCGUCCCGGGCAUUUCUGCUGCAAUGAAGUGGCACCCGAAUGUGCA